CGUCCGAGCGGGCACUCUUCCCUUCGCCAUCCCCCGACCCUUCACCCCGGGGACUGGGUGCCUCCCCCGACGCACCUCAGGGAGCGGAGGCCAGUCUCUUGGUUGGCUGUCGCGCCUCCAUGUCGGAUAACCAGAGCUGGAACUCGUCGGGCUCAGAGGAGGAUCCGGAGACGGAGUCCGGGCCGCCUGUGGAGCGCUGCGGGGUCCUUAGCAAGUGGACAAACUACAUUCAUGGGUGGCAGGAUCGUUGGGUAGUUUUGAAAAAUAACACUCUGAGUUAUUACAAAUCUGAAGAUGAAACAGAGUAUGGCUGCAGGGGAUCCAUCUGUCUUAGCAAGGCUGUCAUCACGCCUCAUGAUUUUGAUGAAUGUCGAUUUGAUAUUAGCGUAAAUGAUAGCGUUUGGUAUCUUCGUGCUCAGGAUCCAGAUCACAGGCAACAGUGGAUAGACGCCAUUGAACAGCACAAGACUGAAUCUGGAUAUGGCUCUGAAUCCAGCCUGCGCCGACAUGGCUCAAUGGUGUCACUGGUGUCCGGAGCAAGUGGCUAUUCUGCAACAUCUACGUCUUCAUUCAAGAAAGGCCACAGUUUACGUGAGAAAUUGGCUGAAAUGGAAACUUUUAGAGACAUCCUAUGUAGACAAGUUGAUACUCUACAGAAGUACUUUGAUGCCUGUGCAGAUGCUGUCUCCAAGGAUGAACUUCAAAGGGAUAAAGUGGUAGAAGAUGAUGAAGAUGACUUUCCAACAACACGCUCAGAUGGAGAUUUCUUGCAUAACACCAAUGGCAAUAAGGAAAAGUUAUUUCCUCAUGUAACACCGAAAGGGAUUAACGGUAUAGAUUUUAAAGGAGAAGCAAUAACUUUUAAAGCAACUACUGCUGGAAUCCUUGCUACACUUUCUCACUGUAUUGAACUAAUGGUAAAACGCGAGGACAGCUGGCAAAAGAGACUGGAUAAGGAAAUUGAGAAGAGAAGAAGAAUAGAGGAAGCAUACAAAAAUGCCAUGACAGAACUUAAGAAAAAGUCCCACUUUGGAGGACCAGACUAUGAGGAAGGCCCAAACAGUCUAAUUAAUGAAGAAGAGUUCUUUGAUGCUGUUGAAGCUGCACUUGACAGACAAGAUAAAAUAGAAGAACAGUCACAGAGUGAAAAAGUCAGGUUACAUUGGCCUACAUCGUUGCCAUCUGGAGAUGCCUUUUCUUCUGUGGGGACUCAUAGAUUUGUGCAAAAGGUUGAAGAGAUGGUACAGAACCACAUGACUUACUCAUUACAGGAUGUAGGCGGAGAUGCCAAUUGGCAGUUGGUGGUAGAAGAAGGGGAAAUGAAGGUAUACAGAAGAGAAGUAGAAGAAAAUGGGAUUGUUCUGGAUCCUUUGAAAGCUACCCAUGCAGUUAAAGGCGUUACGGGACAUGAGGUCUGCAAUUACUUCUGGAAUGUUGACGUUCGCAAUGACUGGGAAACAACUAUAGAGAACUUCCAUGUGGUGGAAACAUUAGCUGAUAAUGCAAUCAUCAUUUAUCAAACACACAAGAGAGUAUGGCCUGCUUCUCAGCGAGAUGUCUUAUAUCUUUCUGCCAUUAGAAAGAUACCAGCCUUGACUGAAAAUGACCCUGAAACAUGGAUAGUUUGUAAUUUUUCUGUGGAUCAUGACAGUGCUCCUCUGAACAAUCGAUGUGUCCGUGCCAAAAUAAAUAUUGCUAUGAUAUGUCAGACGUUGGUAAGCCCACCAGAGGGAAAUCAGGAGAUUAGCAGAGACAACAUUCUAUGCAAGAUUACGUAUGUAGCUAACGUGACUGAAACAAGGCUGUGUGACAUUCCAUGUUGGAGAGAGAAAACAAAAUUGAAUGCUCUGAGCUGGAACAUAGGAUCUAUAGCCUUGUCUGUGGCCCAAGACCUUGGCCUUGUGUACAAAAAUGAAGUAUUGCAAUAGCAGAGCUGAACACCUAACACUAGCCGUCUCCUGCUAGAUCGCCUCGCUCAGCGUCUAACUAUAAAUACAUGUAAAAUUACAUGUAUAUGGCUAUAUUUUUAUUUGCUUGCUUCUAGAAGAAAAAAAAAAAACAACUUUGAAUUACAACUAGGAAUUGAUGCUUUAAUUUUUGGAAACUUUUUCAGAAUUUUUAAUUUACUAUAGUCCGGCCUAAGGUCCUCAGUUGUAUCAGGUUUUGUGCACAGAAGAAAAGCACAACAGUUGAACGCACACCGGGUAUGUGCUUUCUGUGCACCAGAUAUCUGAAUGGGGUUCUUUUUUCAGGCCUACAGUCAAAUCUGUGCCCAGAAUUUUUUGACUUUGCUUUGUAUAAUCAUAGAAUUCAUUGCUGCUGAUUUCUAUAAUGAUUCAUGUUGCCAUGUAAAGUGUCUCUUAAUAACUGAGGGCUGUCAAUAACUUGUGAUUUUGCCUUUUCUAUAGUCUUACUCCCAUGAAGAACCUUGGUUCUGAUGGAGAAAGUGUGAAAAGCUUUAUUUUCCCCCAGAUUCUUUAUAUUUCUAUUGUAUUUUUUAGUUGUGUACUGUGUGCUACAGAAUUUUUUCGGUUUGUUACAAACACAAUUUGGUAAUUCCUAAACUGGCUCUGCCUGCCUCCAAACAAACUUCUGUACAAAUCAUGUGGGUGUAGACUACUUUCUGGUAAACGGUCAGGAUAAAAUGAGCUUAUCAUUUCCUGAGAUUGUAAGAGUAUGUGAUAUUACUUGUUAAAGCAAAUCAGACUCUUCAAGUUUGACAUUGGAUUCAAUAUUUCUAGUGUUCAGUAAAACAGGUGUGUUAGUUCUCUUAGUGUGGGUUAGUUUAAAGAUACGUGGCGACACAUGCAUAGAAAAUAUGUGAGCAUUGCUCCUGUUUGCCUCUUGAUCAGAGACUUCAGCAGAGCAGUAAAGAAUUCCACUUGAUUCAAACUGAAAUGCAUCCCUUAGUUGCUAUAAAAACUUAAAUGUAAAAUACCUUUUUUAGUUUUAGGUCUCUGAAAACCCUUGAAGCUGGAGCUGAGGCAAAGAAUGGUACUCAUUGAAGUAGAAAUGACUGCCAACUUCAAGAACAAGAUUGUACUUGUAAACAAAUGUGUUUCUGUAAAUCAGAGGCAUUUUGUAGAUGCUAUGCUGACUUACUCAUCUCUGUAGAAACACAGAAAUCAGACCCAUUUUGUAAAGCAGAAAGCCAUGUCACAUGGAACAUGUCCUGUAUAUAUUUCAUACAUGAUAAUGGAGUCUUAAUGCUAAAUGCAAGAUGAUAAUUUAAUGAUGGGAUUAGUCUGACUACUUAAUAUGCACAAUCCUGGAAGUGAAUUACUUGCAUCAGAUAUAGUGGUAUUUAUUAUUCUGUACAGAGAGAAAAAUGCAUAUAAAACAUUUGCUUACAUUACAUGCACGCAGAUUUCAUGCUCCAUAAAUCUUUUCUAUUUUUUAAUUUGCCUUUCUCUAAAUGAUGUGCAUGGAAUAUGCCUUAUUACAGAAAAAUACUGUUCAUAAUUGGACUACGUGGAAAAGUGCCUAUAUGGUGGUAAGGCUAGUAAGGCAAAUAAGACAAAUUCUCCUAUCAGUUUACUACAUCACCAGUUAAUGUUUUAUAUUGUGAUGUUUAAAAAGAGAGAGAAGUUUAUACCUCAAAUGUGUAUUUUAUUUUACAAUCAGCUGUGGGAUUGGGAUGGGAGUGUGGGAGGGUUUGGGAGGGAAGGGUUAUUCAUCACAGCCACUGAUGGGAAUCUUCAUAAAAACUCUAUAUGCCCACCAUAAAUGUUUCUCUGUUUGCCAUUUCUGGUAACUAUCAUGAUGAACACAGACAAGUAACUUUCAUAAUUAAAUUGGAUAGCUUUAUUUUACAAAGGUAUGGAAAGUUUACAAACUAGUAUCUAAAUCUAAUUAUCAUUAGUUGGAGUUGCACUAAAUGUGACGAUGUACUUUUGCAAUUUAUUCUGUAAAUAAAAUGAUUACACUAAAAAUAUUUAUAUUUAAAAAAGAAGAAAAGAAAAAAAAAUACGUUUUACCUUUAGAGAACUGCACUGGUACUUCACUAGAGUGAAUCCCACCCAAUCAGAUUUAAAAAUGAGGGGGACCAUGGAAAGUUCAAAAGAGGUCAGAACCUGGAGAGCUACUGGCCUUUCAGACAAUAUUCAGAGCCUCUAUAAUUAUUUUCAUGUGGCUAAUUCCUGUAUACAUUUUCUCUUCCAUAGAAAUUUCCUAUUUCUCUUUCCCCAAGCCAAAAAAAAAAAAAAAAAUAGCCAUUUACUCUCUUUUCUACUCAGUUACACUUUUGUGCUGUGAUAGAAACUUGAAAAAUAUUGGUGAUGAGAGGGUUUUGUCCCUGGUGCCCACUGUACAGGACAAGAGAACACAGUGUUCCACUUGGAAUUCGGGACUCCUGAUACUGAGGUGGAGAGCGACCUUCACAACACUUUGUUUGGGGUUGCCGCAGGGGCAGCCAGACCACAGAGGAAUGGCUCUGAGAGAUGUAAGAGUACAAAAUAAGGAAAUGGAGCGAUGUAUCUGCCGUUUUCUCAAGUUUUAUCAACUAAUUUGUAUACAUACACAACAUCAGUAUCAGUUGCUAUUGAGAAAAUUUUAGUUGGGCUGAGCUAGUUCUCCUGUGAAAUUGUGCUGAUUAUGUUUAAGCUUUUCCGUGGUUUAUCCAGUUAAACAGUUUCCACCAGUAUUUAGUCAGAGCUGUACAGACGAUGUGUUUGGAUUGUUGUCAUUGUUCAUCUACAGACUCAAAAUUAUAAUCAUUUUAAAGUACCUUGGGAGUGUGUAGAGUAUACUAUUCUAUAAUAGCUUUAUGAUUCUGAUGAUGUUUUUAAAAAAAUUAAGUUGGGUGUUCCAUGCUACAAUCACAAAAUUAAAACCAGUAUUUAAAAGUGGAAAAAGUAUUAAAAUAUUAUGGACAAAUGUGGUUGCUUGAUUGUGUUUUCUUAACACCAAGGCACUGCCCUACAUAAUCCUCUGAGUAGAUGAGAAGUAGAAAUACUCUGAUACAGUGUUCUUCAAACUGGGAGUUGUAAACCAAUUAGGAAUCAAGAAAACUAUUGAGUUGCAACCUAAUUUUUCUUAAACAGGAUAGAUCAGGAUGAAAUAAAGCAGAGUACAUAGCAUGUGGUAAAGGUAAGAAUUACUUUGUGGAUCUUUUAUCAUGUAUAUAGAUGCGUAAUAAAUUACAGUGUAAGAUGAAUUUAUGAAUCAUAAUUGAAAAGUUUUUUUUUUUUCGUUACUGGACAGUGAAGCCACAUACAGUUGGGUAUUUCUAAAAUGAAAGCACAGUGUCAGAGUGAAUAUGUAGUUGUUAGGUGCUGUCAAUUCCAACUCAUAGCAACCCCGUGUACAACAGAACUAAACACCGCUCAGCCCUGCGCCAUCCUCAGUCAUUGUUACGCUGGAGCCCAUUAUUGCAGCCAUUGUGUCAAACCAUCUUGUUGAGGGUCUUCCUCUUUUUCACUGACCCUCUAAUUUACCAAGCGUGAUGUCCUUCUCCGGGACUGAUCCCUCUUGAUAACAUGUCAAAGUAUGUGAGACAUAAUCUUGGCAUCCUUGCUUCUAAGGAGCAUUCUAGCUGUACUUCUCUUAAGACAGAUUUGUUCUUUCUUCUGGCAGACCAUGGUAUAUUCGAUAUUCUUGGACAACACCAUAAUUCAAAGGCAUCAAUUCUUCAGUCUUCCUUAUUCAUUGUCCAGCUUUUACGUGCAUGUGAGACCA